GGUUGUGCAGUUAGAGUGUUGUCUUUUGAUAUUAAAUAGUUCUUUUAAAAGGCUAUAAAGUGCAACAGUCUGGUUCCGGAAGUAAAAAUCCCAGUCAUUUAUUCCAUAGACUAAUUGAUUUUCAACAAUAACUUAUACAACUUUAAAGACAGACCUACCGUGAGCUACGAGGUAGUUCAUCGAUGGUAUAUGCUUCAGUUGAAGCCAACCGUUUGCAUUAUUUCAACUUCAUUGUUUAAAAUAGAAACGUACCUCGGAGCGAGCACGCGCUCCCGUGACACACUGUAAAUGACGUAAUCGAGUCGGUCUGCCUUCACCCUUAAACUACUAAUAUUUGUACAUACCGGGAUAUUUUGCAAUAAACGUAAAAUAUAUUGUUUCUAUACUUAUAAACAACAACCUAAAAUCAAUACUAUUAUAUAUUCCCAUAGUUUUAUAUUUAAGAACAUAAUUCGCAAUGCUUUAUGGGAUUGUAGUUUGUGCCUUCAUGAAAGAUGGUAAGUACACAGCUUUGUACCUUUAACUUUGUCUGAUUUUCAGAUACUUUUUUGCCUCAGAGUUCAUGUUGUGAUUCACCCAGAUGGCUGAAAAAGUGGGCGGGCACUGUUGCGCUCUACUAUUAUCAAUAUCAUAUUUAGAUUCAGCUUUAAGAUUUGUUGUGCUGAUAUAUGGUACUCAUGAUCAAACAUAAUAAAGAGACUUUUUGAGCUUACCUUUUAUAACUUCAUUUCAAACUAAUUUCAAAUUUAGUUGACACUUAUUUACAAAGCAACUUGCGUGACUUUUGUUAAAAGGGAUUAGUGUCUUUCUUAAGGGCACUGUGAUAGUUCAUGGAUAGUUCCUUUUUGUUACCAUCUCAGUUAUUAAGCCAUUAUGCCACACCAAAUCUCUAAUGGGGCUUUUCCACUGCACGGUACAGCUCAACUCGACACUGCUCGCUUUUUGGUGGUUUGCCACGGUGGAUAGUACCUGGUACCUGAUACUUUUUUUUUAGUACCACCUCGGUCGAGGUUCCAAGCGAGCCGAGCCGAUACUAAAUGUGACGUCAAAACCCUGCAGAUCACUGAUUGGUCAGAGAGAAUUGUCACUGGAUUUGCGACACGGGACAUCAACCUGCUAGUUUUAAAGUUAGCAACAGCGACAGCAAUAUCAUUUGUUCACGCGACUUUCGAAUUGUAAAAAGAAAAGGCUGUGCGCAAAACCGCGCCGUGGUCAAUAAACGAGGUUCAGAUGUUCCUCUUGUUAGCGACGAACGAAACGAAGAAGUCUUUCAGGAAGUGUCUCAGCUGUCGCACACAGCUACCACCGGACCUACCAACAGUGUAGGGAAAAGUUAAAAAAACGUAAAAGUGACUACAGAACCAUCAAGGACCACAACAGCCGGAGUGGUUCAAACAGAAGAAAGUGGAAUGGUUCGACCAGAUGGACACUAUCUAUGGCAAUAGACCGGAGAGAAAUGGGAGGGAGAAUGCCCUGGACUCUGCGUUGUUGGAAUCCACGAUGGAGGAUGGCACGCAUGGAAGUUGAUGCUGAUGGGAAUGGGGCAAAAAUCUUUGCAUAUGCCUUUGACAUUGGCAAGGGCAGAUGGGCAGGUCGACCACUGCAUGAGUUGCUCUGGGAAAAGCACAGAGGUGGCAUUGCUCCAAGUUUCCAAGUAGUUCACAUUAACUCAGUCACAGUGGACAACCGUCUAGACAACUUACGUCUCGUUCCAGUGGGAUGGAGUCCCAAACCAGAAGACCUGUCCAGCAAACAGAGAGAGCAGUCAUUAUACUGGCUGGCCAUCCAGCAGGUUCCUGCAGACCCAGUGGAGGAGCAGUAUCUGGAGUUGAGUCGCACGCGUUACUACAAUGCCAAUGGAGAACUGGUGGAAGAGGAGGAGUGCUCCUGCACCUACUACGAGUGUCACUACCCACCUUGCUCGCUCAUUGAGAGGAGGCUGAGAGAGUUCAACAUCUGCGGCCGAUGUCAGGUGGCACGCUACUGUGGCUCGCAGUGUCAACAGAGAGAUUGGCCAGCCCAUAAGAAGCAGUGCCGCGAACGCAAACGGGUUCUGGCAAUGGAGUCAGAGCCUGAGCGAUGAUCCUCCUCAACCAAAACCCCAAAUUCAAGUAUGUGGGCUGAGACAUUCGAGUUUGCAAAAACUGACUGAUAGGGGACAAUAUUGUUGGCUUGGAAAGGCCUCUUGGGGGGAAAAAUAAAAACUACCCAGAACUUUCACAUCUCCACAGCCUAUGGGGAUUACGGGAAAUUAAGUUUUUUAUUGUUUGGAGGGAGGUCUCGAAGGCUCCACUUGCUGCUAUGGAUGCGUGUUUAAUGAAGACAAACACCAUGCCGUCAUAACUCUUUUUCUGUGGACUGCAUUUGAGUAUUGACUGUCAUGCACUCCUUCCAUAAACCCUCCUGUCAUGAAGUAUUAGCUGCUGGUAUCAAAGGACAGAACUGCUGUACGACUGAUAAUAGGAUGGAAAACGGACCUCUUCACUGUACUACCCUUCCUCCUCCUCUUCCUCUCCCGAUUGGACUUGUGCACAUAACUAAUCACAUAGUCACCCACCUGCCAUACCUUCAAGUAUACAGCCGAUAGCUGUGCAAAACCACACCACCAGUAUUGUGUGUGCAAUGCCAUUAUUGACUGAAGGACAUGGAUGAAGUGGUUGAAUGUUUGUCUGUGUUUUUUAUUUUAAUUUUUGCUUUAUUUGUCAAUGGGAAGUUUUUGGGGGCGGUAUUGGGGAAUAUGCCUACUUUGGGGGCAGUUUCACUUUUUGUGUACCCAUAUUGUGUUUUUCAAAAGCAUUACAAUCCUAUGUACUCUUCCCACUUAUGUUAUGUUUAAUUUCGCUUUCCAUAACAAGCACUCAUUUUAGAGGGAUGUCCUGGGAAAAACUUGAAAACCCACAUGGAAAGUCUAUUCAUGUUGUCAACAUGUACUUGUCUAAAGUUGUAAUUUGGGUCCCAGUCAUUUAAUGAUUAGUCUUUUGUCUUAAUGAUCUUACUGUCAAAGUGAGUAGAACUUUUUUUUUUUUUUUAUCAGCUUAAAAAAAAAAGAAUAAUGUGCACACAAGUUCCAAGUGUGUCUUCCUUUUAUGUCAAGGGCAUCUCUACCAAACUGUGACGUACACAUACAAUUAAGCAAGUAUCGCAGAUACAUACAUGUUAGUUUUGUCUGUGUGCGUAUUCCGCAUAAUUUAUUUAUCUGGUUGGGGUAGAACACUGUGCACUGAAUAUCCUCACUUUGAUCCAUGAGCUUUGCAGAGAAGUGGGAGUCUAAGGCAGUUUUGGGUGUCUGUUAUUUUUUUUAAUUUUUUUUUCUAAGCUAUUACCAUAUAAAUAUGUGAAUGGACAAAGUUUAUGAUAAUUGACCAUCUUCUUGUCACUGUAAAAUAUAAGAAUAAAGUAAUUAAAUAAAAUCAGAAAUGUGUAAAGUUUAGUUGCAAA